CCUUUUGACUGUUUCAGGAUCUAACCCUCAUCGACUUAGAAGAAUUUAAGUACGGAGGCGCAAAUAUCACAGCUGUUCGAAUGAUUGAUUCUCUCCGUCCCUUUGUGUCUGAGGUGACCCAGGAUUGGGUUAUGGAGGAAAAACGAACUGGUAACUCUCCCAUUAAGGGAUUAAAAACUGAAAUACCAACUGAAACUGCCCUUAUGUACGAUGCAGUUUACUUGUUUGCCAAAGCGUUGCAUCAAGUAGCUGCAGCUCGUGAUAUCAAUACAAUGGCUCUAUCUUGCACCAAACAGAACACUUGGAAUCAUGGAAACAGCGUACUUAAUUAUAUGAAAACGGUAGUUUUCGACGGAUUAUCGGGCAGAGUAAUGUUCGAUCAUAAAGGAGAGAGAUCAGAUUUUUCCUUGAAUGUUUUGAAGUUAAAAGAACAAGGUUUGUCAAAGAUCGGAACCUGGGAUAGUACGAAUGGUGUGAAUAUAACAGAGAGUAAAACAGAAACAAAACACGAGUUACAAAAGAAGCUAGCAAAUUCAACUUUGAGAGUUGUUACAAAAUUGGAACUUCCGUAUGUGGGUAACAAGACUGCCCCUGAUGGCACUGUUGAGUAUGAAGGUUUUGCCAUAGACCUGCUGAAUGCUAUUGCAGAGGAGCUUCAUUUUAAUUACACUAUUUCCAUCGUGAAGGAUGGUCAAUAUGGUGGAGAAGACCCUUUGACCGGCAAAUGGAACGGAAUGGUCGGAGAGCUUAUCGAGAGAAAAGCUGACUUAGCUGUUGCUGGUAUGUCCAUUACAUACAAACGCGAAAAAGUUAUCGACUUCACUAAACCAUUCUUGAACCUUGGCAUUACCAUAUUAUACAAGAAACCGAUGAAAAAACCACCCAAGUUAUUCUCGUUCCUCUCUCCUCUUACUUCGGAGGUAUGGGUAUAUAUCAUCGCCGCCUAUCUUGUUGUCAGUUUUAUGCUCUACAUUAUUGCGAGGCUAAGUCCCUACGAGUGGUAUGAAUCCGGAUCGGAUGAACUGGAUAAUCAAUUUACUGUUUUAAAUAGUUUGUGGUUUACCAUAGGUUGCCUUAUGCAGCAAGGAUCUGAAGUUGCUCCCCGAGCUGUUUCAACCCGGAUUGUCAGCGGAAUUUGGUGGUUCUUCACUCUAAUAAUGAUAUCCUCUUAUACGGCAAAUUUAGCCGCCUUCUUAACCAUUGACCGGUUGGAUACCACGAUUGAGAGCGUCGAAGAUCUUGCCAAACAGACGGAUGUACACUACGGGACAUUGAAAGGGGGAUCAUCUAAAGCAUUCUUCGAGGAUUCUGAUGUCCCAACAUAUAAAAAAAUGGCAAACUUUAUGCAAAGUACCACACCGUCUGUUUACGUCUCCUCUUCGCGAGAGGCAGUGCAGCGAGUUCUCAAAGAAAAUUACGCUUAUCUUGGAGAAUCAACAUCAAUUGAUUACCAGGUGCAAAGAAACUGCCAGCUUAUGCAAGUUGGCGGUUUGCUGGAUUCCAAAGGAUACGGAAUAGCCACUCCAAGGGGAUCUCCUUAUCGGGAUAUGAUCUCGGAGCAAAUAUUACUACUCCAAGAAAGACAAGAAAUUAGCAAGCUUUACACCAAAUGGUGGAAAGAAAAAGCAGCUAAUAAGUGUGAUAAUGAGUCCAAAGGGAAGCAAAACGCGAACGAGCUAGGCCUUCAGAACGUUGGGGGUGUUUUCGUGGUGCUUAUGGCCGGAGUGGUCGCUGGCACAAUUAUGGCAAUUUUUGAAUUCUUGUGGAAGUCAUGGAGAAAUUCCAGAAUUGACAAGCAGCCAUUCUGUACCGAAGUAUCACAAGAGCUGAGAGUCGCUAUUACUUGUUUGGGUUCAUCUCGCAAAAAUGGCAAGACAAAAUCAGAUGACGCUAGGCUAGACAACCAUCAACUCGUCCCUCUGACUUCUGGUCAGAAUUCAUUCUUAACGAAAGACAUGAACACAUGACAAAACGCCCAAUGUAUUACCUUAAUAUGAUCCAAGAAGCGGUUCAUAGUUUUUGCGGUCAAGACAAGUUGUCGAGUCGCAUGAAAUCGUACCCCGGUAUCAAUGCAUUUUUUUCCUACUAAUUAUUACUGUG